AAGCGCCUCAUAGUACUCUUUCUCCUCAGAUGUGGUGUAUAAAAAAAAUAAAUAAAUAAAUAAAAGAAUGGUUUGCACGCACCCAGAUUUAUUGGCAAGAAUUUGUAAACUUGUCGAACGCAAAAAAUUCGGCCUGAUUUGUUUUCCAAGAACUUGUUUUCCACGCCUUAUCUACUGUGAUCAAGAGACAUUAUUGCUCAUAAAUGUGACCGGACUAUUUUUUGUCUGUACAUAUAAGGCUAUGUCAACUCGAUACAAGGUUUGUUUCACUCCAAAUCACUUAGCUUUUCCCUCAGAAGUCACAUGAAUGUGCCCUUAAGUUAACUGAUUUGUGGAAUACAAAAUUAUUGUUUGAUUUAAGUUAUAAAUUUAUCAAUGGGAGCUUCGCUUUUAGCUGUGGCUAAAUCUAUAUAUUAGUUUGUGCGCGGUAAUGGAACAUUGAGUUUAUUUUCAGAGUCCCUUGGGUUAUAUGCGACUUCUCGCCUUUCAAAUUUAGAACUAAGAUAGUUUGGAGCCAACCCGUGCUGAGACCUGUAAACCAUCGUAGCCCUUUGAAUUUGUUGCUGGCAAGCUAGGUUUUUCCUCCCUAGAAGUUUGAAAAGGUUACCAGCAUCUACGUCAUAGCUUGAGUAGGUCAAAACACGGGCUGCUCUGUUUUGUAGCUUUUGAACCUUAUUCCGUAAAGUUAUCCCAAAUAAAGUGUUCGAACAACUUUCCACGGCCGUAUAGGGUGGAAAUUACCUACACAAGCUUGGAAUAAAGCGAAAAUUUCACCACAUACACCUCUGAAAACGGACCUCUGAAAACGGAAGCUAGGCUUGAACAUAAUAAAUUGUCACCAAACUUGACAUUCUUGCUAAAUAUAUAAAAAUAAUAAUAAUAAUAGAUAAUAUAAUAAUAAUGACAAUAAUAGUAUCAAAUAAUGAGUGGUUUGGGAUCUUUUUCUUCUUUUCUUGUAGACGGAACAGUUAGAUUGCCGUUUACAGAAAGAACAAUUUUGGCAGGAAGAAAUUCAAGAGCGCCUUGCAUCGUAAUAGGAGAAACCUUUGAUUCUUGGAUAACUCCCUCGGGUCAGAGAAUCACAACAUCAAGCAUUGGGAGGAUUACAGUUUCAGUGAAUAGUGAUACAUAUACACUGAAUAUACAUUCCAUAACUGCUCAAGAUGGAGGCCAGUACCGAUGUCAAGGCUCGUUGAAUUCAAGACACUUCACUCUAAAUAUUAAUUGUAAGUAUCCCACAAAGGGGAACUCCCUGGGUGUACUGCGAUGUAUAGUCUAUAAGGUAGGGGUACCGUUAGGGGUAGCGAUACACUUUUCGAAGCAGCAAUUCAGUGCUGUUCCAGUGUUCGAGUUUUUUGAUAAAUAAUAUAAAACUUACUAGGGUAUCUAAAAGAUAGUAAUGCUGCGGCACAUUCUGUUGAUACUGGCAUUAGUUAGGUAGUGGGACUUGAAAGAAUCGAAAAUGACAUUGAAUGUCCUAUUUACAUGUUGGAAAGUACUAGAAUAAUUACUACCAGUCUAUAGAAAGAACUCGUGGGAACGUUGUUUAGAAAAUGAUCAAGUGGUUAUCAACUCUGGUUUUCCCACAGUAAAUUGUAGGAAAUGAUAGAAAUUCAGAUUGUUUAUCCAUAUAUUUAAUAUAUGGUGUACUAUCGUUUCUCUGGUAACACGAUACUUUUCUUGCUUUUAUUGCACUUUAUUAAGUAACAGUUAUUUACCUAUAUAUUUAUGGAAAACAACAACACAAAAAACGGGAAAAAAAGAAAGAAAGAAGGAAAAAAAAAGUUCGGCAGGAUACGAACCCAGCACCUUCGGCUCGACGCGACUACACCUAACCACUACACCACAGAGACUGAUUAAGUGAUCUUGGGAAAAGUCUUUAAUUUAAUGCUUUUUGCAUGAAACUUCCGCCGGCAAGAUGAUCGCCAGCCGCAUUAAUCGAGCUAUUAACAGUAAAAAACAAUGUAAACGCAUAUUCCAUGGCAAUGAAUGAAUGAAAGAAUAUAAUUAUGCUUUUCAAAACGCCGAUACACGUCCUCGUCUGCAACGUGGGACACAAAACAUGUUUUGUUAUCUCGAUUUCCGCUGUUAUUUUGAAGCGAAUGGUCAAAAUCACAUCCAUUUUCGGCUCAUACAGGUUCUUAAGAAUAGCAUGGCAUGACAUUUUCUCACUUUCACAUCUAGCAAGCAGGAAUUUGUAUAUCCCCCGUGUUGCGGAGUCUAAGAGCAAAUACUCAUCUUCUCGUCAGGUUUAACACCUGGACGAGUCAAAGGCUCUUGAAUUGAAAUCCAAUCCCCAAGUUAACCAUUGUACUCAUCUGAAAGACUUCUGCGUGUCUUAAAUUUGGUAAGACCUCUAACCGCGCUGUAGAAAAUUUGCUACAAAGAAAAGUCUGGGCAGCGAACGAUACGAACUUCCCCAUGUUAUUAUUUGACUUGUUCGUGGCGCAAUGCACUCUGGUUAAAUGCAAUGCAUUGUGGUAAAAAGUGUGGUUAAAUGCAAUGCAUUGUGGUAAAAAGUGAUGAAUUCGAGAAUUCGUUGCCCCUAUAUAUAUUUCCUUUAAAUCCUGAUUAUGUUGCUGCUCGCUCCCUGCGGUCGCUCCGCAGCAAUAAUGUUUGUAUAUAUGCAAAAGAUCUGAAGCGACAAUCACUAAUAUUGCUCUGUAGCUGGAGGUGUUUCCCCAAUACAAUGCACCCUCUUUGAUUACUUCAAAAUCACGCAAUGCGGCAUGUGCUGUUCCAGUGUCUAUAAGGUAAUGGGUCUCUCCUACCGUUAGGGGUAGUAACACACUGUUCGAAGCAGUAAUUCAGUGCUUUUCCAGUGUUCGAGUUUUUCGAUAAACAGUGUAAAAUUUAUAAUGUUUAAAAGUAACAGAUCUGAAGCGACGUUAUCAUUAAUAUUGCUCUGUAGCUGGAGAUGUUUUCGCAAUAGCAUACACUGUCUUUGCUUACUUCAAAAUCACGCAAUACGGCAUCUAACAAUGAGGUCCUCUUAAGAGGAGGGAGGAGAUAUAUAUAUCUUAUGUAUGAAUUUCGAAACUCCUUAAAGGGUGCGUUCGCUUGGGGUGAUUCAGAUCAGGAUCAGUGAUCCGAGAUCACUCGGAUCAUGGUAGAUCAAAUGAACCGAUGAAUCCUUGUCCAGAGUGGAUUCAUCAGUUCAUUUGAUCAUAUCUACCAUUGUUCUGGACAAAUCUAAUUUAAACAUCGGACAUGAACAUUAUCCGAACUUACGUUUUUUUUGAUAGGGAUCUGAGCGCAGGUCACGUGACCUCUUUUUCCAAGUGACUAGCGUGUUGAUCUGUGAGAGUUGUUGCGUUGUUUUAUGACAGAGAGAGCACAGAGCUUGUGAAUAUUUGGCUCGUUUUUCAGUUCUAUUUGGCUCUCUCUACAUGUUUUGUAUUUUUAUUUUAGUUUUCACCGUUUGAGUUGAAGAAAUCUGUGCUUAUCCCCAACAAUCAUGAUCCGAGUGAUCUCGGAUCACUGAUCCUGAUCCAAAUCAUCUCAAAGGAACGCACCCUUUGUUUUCGCAUACUGAUGAGUAAGCUAUGUCCCUGUCGGUAUUUUACUAUUGUAUUUGCCUUUUUUCUCUGUCGUAGUUUCAACCCAUCUUUUUGUUGUCUAUCGCCAUUUCAUCAAUCUUGCUUCGCUGUUUUAAGACAAUGUCGCUAGUCGGAAUUUUGACCUUACGGGGAAUCAUUAAUUCAACUGUCCCCCAGCAAUGUUACUGAGCGCGCAAUAUUGCAAAUUCGAAGACGUUAGAGAGUAGUUAAGUUCACUGUUACUUAUACAUGAAUGCUGACUCGCUGCUCAGAUAACUAUCUGUACACAAAAGUAUAAAUUAAAGUUGUUCCGCCAACACUAGUCUCUUACGUGUAUAAUAUGGAGCCCUCCUUGGGUUUUAUGUGAGAUGAUGAAUAUGUGGAAUUGUUAUAUUCCUAGACUUUCACUCAACUAAACAGGGACUGCCAUUGGUUGAUUCUUGGUCACGUGGCCUUGACUAAAAUCAAAUGUAUCCCGAUCGUGAUACAUUAAACAAUGUAUCCCGCUCGGGAUACAUUGCAGCACGUGAUCAAAGCAUGGUGGAAAGUGGUGUGACAGAAGGCGGGAAAAACACCGCCAGGUCCAGCCAGUUUUCUUUUUCGUGAAUGAACACAACAACACAAAAACGAAGCCUCAAGCUAAAAAGCAACGAUUUUUAAAGUUAUCCCAGAAGUUCCCAGAAGAAAAACAGCAGCUAGUGGAGGAAAAAGAUGCAGAUAAUAUGAGGAAAGUACUUUUGCUUGUAAAUCAUUCUUUCAGUGGUUUUGAGAAUUAAAUUUGUGUUGUUAUGAGUACCGAGUCGACUGUUUUGGUUCGCUCCGGUUAUUCUUUUGUUGCUGUUGAAGUGAAAGUCUAGAAAUAUAACAAAACACUUAAUGUCAGGUCCCUCGGGAAACCAGUUAGUUUUGUUUUCCCUCGAGUCCUGAUGUUUCCCUCGACUUCGUCUCGGGGAACAUCAGGACUCUUGGGAAAACAAAACUAACUGUUUCCCUCGGGAUCUGACAUUAAGUGUAUAAUGUCACAGAUCAGCUGGAUAUCCACAUUUCUGAUGAGCAAAACAAUGAAUGCCACAGUAAAUUUUGUUUUUUUGUGGAGGCAGUUUCUUCAUACUGUGUUACAUUCAGUCUCGUCGUGUUACUUUUCUCCACAGUACAUACAUCAGCAGAAAACACAUUGUUUCAACUUAAAAAUUGACUAAAACACUUAAUAAGCAGCGUGUUGAGCUUAAAUUAGUGUUAGCCCUUGCAUGUAAAACGUAAGUGGAAUAAUGAUAUCUGAAAUAAUAAUUACAUAAUUAAUAAUAAUAAUAAUAAAAUUUUAAUAACAAUACUUUAUUAAACUCUUCUCAAAUUGAAAAUUAAGUACAAAUUUAGUAUAACUAUAGUUAAAAAAAGACUUCUUGGUGGUCUGGUGGUUUUCAACAGAGCAAAUGUAAACAACUGUCUAUAAACUAAAAAAAAAGAAAAUUUCUAUGUUCAUCCCAAUGAUAAAUAUAAUAAUUAUUAAAUUUUACUAUUUACAGAUUCAAGACUUUGAAAUAUUAAAAUAUAUACCCUAUGUACAUUCUUCUUGUGUACGAAAGAGAAUUGUCGUAAAAUGACUAUCUAAAGACUACUAAUAACAAUUAUAAAAAGCAUCAAAAAGUUAAUAAAAAAAAACUAUUUAAAAAUAAUAAUUCAAACUGAUAAAAAGUUACUACUUAAAUUACUGGCUUGCGCACUUUCCGAUGUAAUUUCAAUGUCAGAUAUAUUGGCUGCUUUUCUCUUGCUCCUGGUUCCUCUGAGACACAGCAAGGCUGAUCGUAGGAUGGCAAAGGAUACUUUCGCCCUUAUCCAAGAUAUGGUUGUAGCGUAGUCAUCUCCUUUCUUUAACGCAAGCAGCUCUGCGAGGCGGCUAUGGAAUCUCUGGCAUUCAUCGGCCAUUCCACCUGUGCUUGUAAAGACUAAUGGUGUGAAUGUCCCUUGCUCCACUUCCAAAACCCGCCUGCUGUAUUGUAUUAUUAUUAUUAUUAUUAUUAUUAUUAUUAUUAUAUAAACACCAAUGAAAUACCAGAUGAGCUUUGGCGCGAAAACAUGAUAUCUUCACAUGUGAAAAUAUUAUUUAUCUUAUACACGUGAAAUAUCACCGUUGCUAUGGCUACACAAUAUUUCUCGCCUUUCACAGCAAAAAACUAUUAAAUGGAAAUGGUUUUCUAUUUCAUUGAUAUUUAUGUAAUUAAGAAAAAAACAUUACGUGACCACAUGGAGGUACGAAAUUUCUCUUCUGGUAAUGAAAAAAUAUUUCACUCGUUUGCUGCGCUCACUCGUAGGUCUGCCAACUUUAUUAUUCCUCAGUUUUAUUGUUGCGAUAUUUGUUGAGGUGUUCUUCUUGUUGCAAUAAAAAAAUCUUGUUACUUUUGCGAUUUUUGCGAAAUUUGAGGACUUCCUCAGGGCCUUGUUUGCCUUUAUUUUUUAUAAGACUGACCUUUGCGAGAUUUGUUAUUGUUGAUAUUUUUUGCGAUAUUUGCAAGUUAGCAUCUGACAACAUUUUCUUGUAAAUCAUUUUUCGCUAAAAUUGAGAAAAAAAUUUGCUUUGCGACAGAGUUUUGUAUCGUAAAACGUCAAUACAGAACAGUUUUGUCCAGUGUACUAUGACAGAAAGCAACCUUCAUUCAUCUAUUUACAAUAUACUUAUUAAUUUCUAUAAACUCAAAUCAAAAACUUACAAACAACUAAUGUACAUGCAUGUACAUUAAGUGAGAAAGCGCGGUCUCAACAAUCAACUUGUCUACAUUAUAAUAAUUAGAAAAUUCUCCUUUUUUGAUAUAAAAAAGUCUAGUAACAGUAAUAAAAAAUAAAACCUCAUAUCUCCUAAAUGGCAUCUUCUACAGUUUCAUUGUUAAUGACAGUGAUCUUAAUAUUAGGUUAAACUCUUCUUAUUGCUCUAGAGCCUCUAGGAAAAAAUGAGCUAGUGCAAUUCUUAAUGGUGCAAAUGAAAUUCGGCUUGUGAUCCAUGACAUAGUUUUGGCAUAUUUCUCCCCUUUCUUGAUGGCAAUCAGCUCCGGCCCGCUAAUUGACUAUGGUACCUCAGGUAUUCAGUUCCCAUUCCGCCAUGCCGAUCAUCGGUGCUCCCAGAACCCGCGUGCAUUACACUGGAUUUACAAUCUCGCAUCUUGCACUUUAUUAGAUCUUCCCUUUGACUGUUCUUCAGUGAUGUCUUGAAGGACUGGCUCAGACUCAACAUCACUGCAUACCUUACUCAGAGGUUCCAGAUCUCUUAGCUCGUUGUGGUGCUAAGUAACAAAACCUCCUAGUUUGUAAAUCAUAGAGUAGUCUACAGUAAAUAUUCCCCCGCAAACACAUGUGAAACACAAUUUAGAUAAACAGUACUACAUAUGCAAACCGGUUCUACCAAGCAUGUUACACUUGAAUGGUGACAAAACAGGACUUUGUCUACAGAUUUAAAGCCGUUAGAGUUAGAGAAAAUCUUGCCAUGACGGGUUAUAGGGGUGAAAGGAUUAGUUGUUAUGAAGACUUGAGAAGACCAAUUGUGACAAAUUUUAUCUUUUUUGGUAUAGAUAGAAUAAUUGGUGUCAACUUCAAGCAAACCCUAGUCCUUGGCCAAACACAAACGCUGGUAUUUGGUGUGUCAGGUUAUCCACCACUUGAAUACACAUGGAUAAAGGAUGGUCAGCAAGUAACAUUUGGUGGACGCUUAACUCUCAAUCCACAGACUGGAUCCGUCACCUUCAAACCUGUACAAAAGAUUGAUGAAGGAAACUACACUUGUCAAGUAUUUUCAAAUAAACUUGGUGGUCACACAUUUGACCCUAUCUCUGCUGUAGUCAUAGGUAAGGUAGACUGUGAGGCUUUUGCUCCACAAUAUCAUCAGCCAUCGUCCUCCAUUUUGAAUAUUAAGUCGAAGCUUAAAACACGAGAAGAAAUUAUCGAUGUUUGUAUCUUCGGAGGAAAUACCGCAGUUCACCAGUGAAUCGGUGUAUAGUACUUGACCCCUGUUUUCUACAAAAUUAGCGUAGUGGAAAAGUACAUAUUGAAUUAAAAAUUGCCAAUGCCGUAGUAAUUUGAAAAUGAAAAGUGGACAGUUUUGGAAAGAUCUUCUUCUCGCUGAAAUUUGUGAAUGGACGUUAGCCCUAUUAAAUUGCGUCUUUGGUGCUUGUAUUCAGCAGUCAUGGUGAACUUGGGUAGGUACGUGGUGUAACCAUCAUCUAGUGGUUUGACGUUAGUUAAUAAAAAAUAUGCCUAUUUGUAGCACUAUACUACAUACUCCUACAUUGCUCUACAUAGCCGUACAUAACCCUACAUAGCUCUAUAUAGCCAUACACAGCCAUACAUAGCCCUAGAUAACCAUACACAGCCCUACAUAGCCAUACACAGCGUUACAUCGGCCUACAUAGCCAUACACAGCCGCACAUAGCCAUAUAUAGCCAUGCAUAGCCUUAAAUAGCCCUACAUUGCCCUACAUAGCCCUACAUAGCCCUACAGAGCCCUACAUAGCCAUACAUAGCCUUACAUAGCCCUACAUAACCCUAGACAUAGCCCCACAUAGCCCUGUAUAGCCCUUCAUAAGCCUAUACAUAACCCUACAUAGCCCUAUAUAACCGUUCACAUGCCGUGUGCAGGAGCUCGACAUGGGAGACGUAUUAAGAAGCAUUUUUGAAAUGCAGACAAAGCAUGCAUAAAUCUUUUCCUUGUGAUUAUGAACGUAAGGUAAUUACGUGUUCUGCUGUGCGGUUAUUUGGUAAAAAAAGAAACAUGACGGGCUUUGCUCACCAAAAAAAAUUAUGCAAAUUAGGCUAAGGGUAGAUUGAAUCUACCCAUGGCUUAUGAUUAACUGAAACGGGAGAUCACAAUUCGCGCCUUCAUACGACUGAGGUGUUACUUUGGAAUCCUCGGUAAUUACUUUUUUCGCACUUGCCGGCAUCCAAAAACACCCGGCGUGGGAAUCACGAGACGUGUAAAUAAGACAUUUCUUGACAUAAUAAAAAGGUUUUCCAGAUACGGACGCGCAUUUGUUGGCUUUACUCGCGUGGAGACACACGUCAACCGUUACUUCUCACGCGAAAUAGUAUUCAAGGUAUGGCUCUACUGUAAAAAACCCCGCUCUUUAUUGAUCGCACAACCAUAAUUAUAGAAGGCGAUAGCAAGAGAAAUAACUAUCACUCGAAUGGGAUAAUCGAAGAUCAAGAACCAAACCUUAACGAGAGCGGGGUUUAUAUCUGUUACUAAAGAGAAAUUGAAAAUGAAACAUAAACCCUUUGCCGACUUUGAAAAUAUUACGAGAAGCUAAGGUUUACCACCCGAGAAACAUUUUAAUGACCGCCUAAAUCUAUUCUUACGGGAGGAAUGAAAUUAUUUGCAAUUAUGUCGAUCGAACAGUAUACUAUCUUCUUUCUAUUACUGUGUAGUCGGCUGGAACAUUACACAAAACGGCGUCAGCGACGAGGUUCGAUGUGAUAAAUUAAGUACAUUUACUUACCUGUGAUAAAUUAAUGUUUACUCAAUGAGAAUGAUUUAAUCCCAGAGAAAUUACGAUUCCCGAAACAGGAACAUUUGGAAUUCUUGGACAUCAGUAACUACAACUGACUUAUAACCCCAUAACAGCUUCAUUUUAAUAGCGACUUGAUUCUAUAAUAAUAAACCGUGAGAUCUAACGCAAAGCUCACAGGGCACGGCGAAGGGAAGGUAACCAGAGGGUUUGAAGUAACCUCGGGAAGUUAACCCUAAGAUUCUAUUUUGCUAAAUGCUUUGAUUUAUUUAACGUACGAUAAUUGACUCGGUUGUGUUUUACAAACACAUUUUUUUGCAACCCAAGCUUCUUAAUUAAGCCAGAGAGGGGAAUUUUUUGUCGUCGAUUUUCAUUGACAAAAUCAUUUGUAAGAACUAAUAGACAUGUGAGUGUUAUAACUUUUCAUUUGACGUUUUACAGUACGGAUAGCUCGGUAACAAGCGACAAGAUAAUUUCAUUUUUACAUACAUAUAUUAGCAUCGUUUGAAUUUAACGAAUAAUACUAAUAAUAAAAACGUUUUGAUGGUGUUAUCAUGAUUUUGGUUAAAACAAUUUUGUCACAUUGUGUCGCUGAAAGUUUAUCUCAUUACCCAAGCAAUAAUUGUAACUAAAGUAAAUUCUAUGUGAAUUUCUGAAAGAAAACUAAAGCAAAUCAGUGUACGCUCCAUCACCUUCUGCAAAUUAUAGCCCUGUGUCAAAGAAAAAUAGUUUUAAAUCACUCAAUAAUGAUGUUGAUAAUAAUAGCAAUAAACAAUAACAAUAAUAAUCCGAAACAGAACCUGUUAGUACAAAAUGAAAAUGAUGAAAAUUAGGUCCUGUCAUCAGAUAACAACAGUCCACAAGUGAACUGACUACCCAAGAGAAACAGAACCAGUUAGUACAGAAUGAAAAUGAUGAAAAAUAGGUCCUGUCAUCAGAUAACAACAGCCCAUAAAGAACUGACUACCCAAGAGAAACAGAACCAGUUAGUACAAAAUGAAAACUGUGAUGAAAAUUAGGUUCUGCCAUCAGAUAACAACAGCCCAUAAAUGAGCUGACUACCCAAGAGAAACAGAACCAGUUAGUACAAAAUGAAAACUGUGAUGAAAAUUAGGUUCUGUCAUCAGAUAACAACAGUCCACAAAUGAACUGACUACUCAAGAGAAAGAGAACCAGUUAGUACAAAAUGAAAACUGUGAUGAAAAUUAGGUCCUGUCAUCAGAUAACAACAGCCCAUAAAUGAACUGACUACCCAAGAGAAACAGAACCAGUUAGUACAAAAUGAAAAUGAUGAAAAUUAGGUCCUGUCAUCAGAUAACAACAGCCCAUAAAUGAACUGACUACCCAAGAGAAACAGAACCAGUUAGUACAAAAUGAAAACUGUGAUGAAAAUUAGGUUUUGCCAUCAGAUAACAACAGCCCAUAAAUGAGCUGACUACCCAAGAGAAACAGAACCAGUUAGUACAAAAUGAAAACUGUGAUGAAAAUUAGGUUCUGUCAUCAGAUAACAACAGUCCACAAAUGAACUGACUACCCAAGAGAAACAGAACCAGUUAGUACAAAAUGAAAAUGAUGAAAAUUAGGUCCUGUCAUCAGAUAACAACAGCCCAUAAAUGAACUGACUACCCAAGAGAAACAGAACCAGUUAGUACAAAAUGAAAACUGUGAUGAAAAUUAGGUUUUGUCAUUAGACUACCCAAGAGAAACAGUACCAGUUUAAUAGUUUAAAAUAAUAAUGAUAAAAAUUAGGUUUUGUCAUCAGAUAACAACAGCCCAUAAAUGAACUGACUACCCAAGAGAAACAAAACCAGUUAGUACAAAACAAGCAUGAUAAAAAUUAGAUUUUGCCAUUAGAUAACAAAAGCCCAUAAAUAAACUGACUACCGAAGAGAAACAGAAUAAUAAAGCUAAAUGAUUUCUUUAAAUUGAAGUGACCAGAAAACAGAAAUACCUCACUGUAUUGGGAAUAAUUUGACUAAAAACAAACUUACCUCAAGUCUAAUAUCACUAAUAUGUAACUUAAGUCCGUAACAGAAUUUACAAGGCCAUCCGGUGGAAUGAUAUUCUGGCGAAGAACAUCAGUGAUCAAACGAACGUGGAAGCGACGUACACAGUAGCUGGCAUCAUGUUGAAUUCCACUUCGGCAUAGGCCGAUUUGGCGGGUUCAAGUUCCCGCGUUGGCACGUCUUUCGUCAGGAAAUCUCCUAAAUACUUCAUUUUUGGCGAAACCCGUCGGCCGGACUCCACAUAUUUCUUUUUUGAGUGCAUGCCAAUGCUUUUGGGGGUUGUAACCCUCGACAGACUCGAAAUGGGAAACGAAGACUCAUACCGUCGACGGUCGCCUUCACUUCAAAUGGUUUCGAAAUCAAAACCACAGCGCUUUUGAACUUUGAAAGUCUAAGGUAGAAUAUUAAUUAAUUAGUAAGAAUUUAACUCGGUCACAUCGCAUGAUCGCUGCCUGACCCUCAAAAACAAAAAAAAUCGUACAUGUACGCUGCCGUCCAUUCAUUUGAGCGGCACUGGAAACAAGUUUUUGCGGCGCUUUGUCACACAUUUCCACAUGAAAUACCGGUCGCUCCUUCAAAAAUUUUAGCAAAGUGACAAAGGAAAUAUAUAAAAUGCUUUAACGUAAUGUCUUUUAACCCUGGCGUGCCCCGUCCAAAUCACCGGCAGUCCGAACUGGAUUUGUUUAUCAUGUAAAUUACUUUCUACGGGUAGAUGACGCGAGCUUUUAUUUUUAAGAUACAUUUCGAAUGAUCAAAAUCUUGUUCAUUUUAAACAGAAAGGUCACGCCGCAAUAAAACGGUUGCGUGGGAUGCUGGCUCCUCGCCUUGCCUCGCGCUUAAAUGACGCGUCUCUCGCGGAUACUCGGUGUCUGGUUUACUUAUUAUGUUCCGGUCUUAAUUAAUUUUAUGACACCAAGCAAACACCUUUCUAUCGCAUACCAGGGCAUCAAUUUCCGGCGCCUGUUGAGAUUUUUUUUCUUGAGCAAAGCUUCUCAUGCCAACUUGAAAUUCAAUUGUGAAGGGUAUUUAAAGACAUGACAUUUUUCAGGAGUCGUUGCUUUAAGAUAUCGAACAAAACAUUUUUCCCAGGUGCUGGAGACAGACAUACCUCGGAAAUUUGCCGGGUUAUUACUCCCGCUCGAAUUAUAGAUGGGAGUAAUAAGACCACCGCAUUAAGUCUGAGGCAUGGUACCUAGGGUAGGAAUUGAAUAAAUUUUCAUAUACAGGCAUCAAAGUGUUAAGACUAGCUUUUACCAUUUCACUUCUAAUUUAUCCGAAAAUGGUGAUUUAUUAUUCUUUAAUUUACGUAUUUUGUUUUUGAUAAUCGAGAAAUCUAGGGGACGAGAGUGUUGACCAUGACGUUAAUUUGUUUGCAGGUCAUUGUAAAUGUUUUGCUGGGCUGGGUUAAGAGAUUCAUUUGAAUGAAGAGUUUGGAAAUAUUGCAGCCAAUUUUUCUCUGAGAUUGAUAAGACAUCCUUUCUCGUACAUACAUGUAACCCUACAUACCCAGACAGAUUCCAGGUAUUACAAAAUUUACAUACUGGGAGAUUUGAAUUGUAAUUUUCUUUCAAGUCCCUUAGAGGUUCACACUACCCAUCUAUUGGACGUGAUGGUUGAAUAUCAUUUGGCACAAUUUAUCAAAGAACCUGCAGAGUUAAUGCCAAAUCGCAUACUCGUAUUAAUGUAUUUAUUACAUAUACACCCUGAGCGUAACACUCACAUAAAAGUGAAGGAGAUGCUCAUCGUUUCCCUUAUAUUAGUGAUGUAAAUUCCCGAUUUUGGUGUCUCUUAAAGUUGUUUGCGACACCAUAUUUGCCUAUUAAGGUCAGUAUCGCGUAGGGCUGUGCAUAAGUAACUUUAGUGACACUGACUUUACAGAAAUCUUACGUUUAAAAGAGAACACGACAUCCCUGGCACUUAUUUAGGUCCCUAUCUAUAGAUGUCUCGCUGGUCUCCUUAGGGGUUUAGUAAAUUAAAUUUUCCCACGAGCACCGGGGCCCCACAUUGUCAUACACAUCAUCAGAUCUUGAUCGCCAAAACGCCGCAUAAUUGCGGACACCAAUGGAUGUGACUAGAUAAAGCAACUGAUGAUUCUACACCUCGCUGUGCAAUAGACCCUUCGUUGUUCAUUCUAUUUUCCACCUUUUUCAUGAAGGGACAAGUCCGCCAACUCCACUGGGAAGUGCGCCUUGAAUGAAUUAAUUAUAGUUAAAUCAAUCAAUAGGUUCGAAAGUGAUUUGUUGUAAACUAACGUAACCAAUAUAUAGCUUCUCAAAGUAGCGAAAUUUUAGAAAAUUUUAUUUGGCGAAAUUAGCAAAAUUUUAUCGGGGGGCAAACUUGCUUGAAUCUGAGGGUUUGUGGUCAUUUUUUCUAAAUUUGGUUUGGUUUUCUUGGCGUUCAAGCCUCGUAAUGUAGUCUCUUAUGAUAACGUAGGGCUAUUUAGGACUAUGUAGCGCUAUGUUCGGGUAUGCAGGGCUAUAUUAGGGUUCUGUGGGGCUAUGUAGCGCUAUUUUAGGGCUAUGAAUAGCUAUGUAGGGUUGUGUAGUGAUAUGUAGGGUUGUGUAGAGCUAUGUAACGCUAUGUAGAGCUAUGCAUGGUUAAGUAGGGUUGUGUAGGGAUGAUAGGGCUAUUUGUAAAACCCAACUAGUGGUCUAUUAUGAAUGCUGCGUUCUGAUUGGUUGAGCUACUACUAGCCUAUACGUUAUAGCCCACUAGUGGCGAAAAGCGCCGGCUUUGAUAACCAAAACAAAGGCGGCUGAAUCGCGUUUGGCUAGCUAAAGUUGUUUUGUCUCGAUAUUUUUGACCAACUCAGUUGGAUUUUACUAAAACAAUUAAUCCUCUCUCCCUUAUGUUAUCUGAGUCGAUAGCUAUGUAUGGCUAUAUAUGGCUAUGUAGGGCUAUGUAUUGUCAUGUAGGGCUGUGUAUGGCUAUUUAGGACUAUGUAUGGCUAUGUAGGGCUAUGUACGUCUAUGUAUGGCUACGUAUGGCUAUGUAUGGCUAUGUAGGGCUAUGUUUGGCUAUGUAUGGCUAUGUAGUUCUAUGUAUGGCUAUGUAUGUCUAUUUAUGGCUAUGUAUGGCUAUGUAGGGCUAUGUAUGGCUAUAUAUGGUUAUGUAGGGCUAUGUGCGGCUAUGUAGGGCUAUGUAUGGCUAUGUAUGGCCAUGUAGGGUUAUGUAAGGCUAUGUACGACUAUGUACGGCUCUGCAUGCUUAUGUAUGGCUAUGUAUGUAAUGAUUUACGUAAUAAUUUGUUAUCAAGUCAUGCUGAUGACACUUGAUUAACUACAGUCAUCAUUGCAUUAUCAUUGUUAUGAUUUGUUUGUUUGUUUGUUUUUUAUAUUAAAGCUUUUGCAAUACUGUAACUACAUAAUUAUAGUCAUGCAAAUAAAGCUUAUGUUGUUGUUGUUGUUGUAUGGCUACGUAGGGCUAUGUGGGGCUGUGGAUGGCUAUGUAGGGCUAUGUAUGGCUAUGUAGGGCUAUGUAGGGCUAUGUACGUCUAUGUAUGGCUACGUAUGGCUAUGUAUGGCUACGUAGGGCUAUGUUUGGCUAUGUAUGGCUAUGUAUGUCCAUUUAUGACUAUGUGUGGCUAUGUAGGGCUAUGUAUGGGGUUAUGUAGGGCUAUGUAGGGCUAUGUAGGGCUAUGUAUGGCUAUGUAUGGCCAUGUAGGGUUAUGUAUGGCUAAGGUAGGGCUAUGUAGGAUUAUGUACAGUUAUGCUGGGCAUAUACAUUGCUUCGAGUGACUAACGUCAAACCACUACAUGAGGCUUACACCACGUACUUACCAACUUGAAACUAGAGUAUGUUUUCUGACAAGAUGCUCCGCCGGCAUCCUUAUUGUCAAUGAGUGGCCAUUAUAAUAAUCACUGAUUAGUGACAGGGUAGUAAGCUGACUUGAUUAACUUCUUGCACUUUGUGACAAUUAUCAUGGUUUUCCUUGCCCCCAUGCAACUGUUAACACCUUAAGAGCUUAAAACGUUGACAAAGCUAAUAAGAUUGUCUGAUUGAAGCACUGUCUUUUUUUCUACAACAGAGAGGCCCCAAAUCAACAAGUAUGAAGGAGAUCCUGUAUAUCGCAGACUCACUCAAGGUUACAACAACACAUUUCACUGUGAUAUUAAGAAAGGUACCCCAAAACCAACUGUCACUUGGUACUUUGGAUGGGUCCAUAAAUUCAAAAAGGUCGAUUCUCAAUAUGACAGCCGGUACUCCCAUCCAACAGAAGAAGAAUGGACAAUUACUGGUAUUACUAUGGCAGAUAAAGGCAAAUACAUGUGCAUUGUGAAUAACGAGGCUGGGGAAGAUAGGCUGAGGUUUGAAAUCACCGAAGUUGAUGGUGAGUUUUUGGCUGUGCUGUUCUCGAAGGGGACUAAUGAGGCAAGCGCUACAAAUUUUGUUGGCCAGAAUGGCCGAGUAAGAUUUUGUAAGGAUCUUGUGCUUUUAAUAAGCCAUUUUCCUGAUGACAAUAUUUGACUGCAACUACCAGAAUUCAUUUCGUCUUUGCUUUCUUAGGGUUGAUUUCACUACUGUCGCGUUAUUUUUACGCGCGUAAAUGAAAUAGAGGCAAUAUAUGAAAGGCCACGCGUAUACGUAAAAGUUGAGCGAGGUUCAACUUUUACGUAUACGCGUGACCUUCCAUACAUUGUCCCUAUUUCAUUUACGCGCGUAGUAGUGCGUGCGUACGGAAAAUUACGCGGCAGUGGAAAUCCACCCUUACUUAAAUUUCUCACUGAUCCCGCUGAGAUUAAAAAAACACCGAAAAAAAAGACAUUGGAAGGAUUCUGGUAGCUGUAGUAAAAUGACGUCAUGAAAUCGUGCAAUAGACGUUAUUCACAAUACCCGCCAUCUUUGCACGCGCUCUAGGCCGGGCCUUUAGGGACGGACCAUUAGAAAAAUGAUGGGGGUGGGGGAAAAACCAAAAAAAAAUUCAUGCAAGGGAAAAUGCCAAGAAAAAAAAUUCAUGCAACGGAGAAGGUAAAGAAAAAAAUUCAUGCAGAAGGAAGGUCCAAUUGUGACUUUUUCAGAAAGCCUGAGUUUCAGAAAUCAACAAUAAGUACCAGGCACAAUAUGAAUAAACAAAAACCACUUUCUUCUUAUGAAAGGAGACAAAAUGCAAUUAGAAUCUUGUUUUUGUUUUAAAUUGCAGCUAGUGUACCUAUAACAUACACUGUAUACUGUAUUAUAAUAAAAAUAAUACAGUCAAACCAGGUCAAGCGUUCCCGUCCCAAACGAACUAAUGAAUUCAUUCACGGAAAAAUGAUUUCGUUUGUUGAUUCAAUAAUCCAUUCAUAAAAUGAACAAUCCAAUAGUAAUAUUUAGCCUCGAUUCUAUAAUCGAAUGUUGAUUCGAUUACUGUUUUUUGAAAAAUUCCACUUUCCACAAGUUGACCUCAGAAUUUUGUUUUUUCGUCUUUUUUUUCUGAGAGUCGAGUGCUGGCGAAGCUUGGCGAGUUCUGAAGUUCAAACCCAAACAAACUGUUACAUGUACGCCAGUUUGCUGCCAAUAAUCAGUGCAACAGACCUAGGCCUGACCUCUUAGAAAACACGACGGUCAAACUGAGGUCAGUGUAUGUGCGGUGAUUGGUGGAUUUCGAUCCUCGGCCUUUGUCAGUUUCUUUGCGUUUGCGGUCUUGUCUAUUCUAGCUGUUAUUUUGAUUAAAGGCAAUGAAAAACGUAAUCGUAAACGGCAGGAAAAGGGAAGCAAAUACGAUUGAACACAACAGACAAGAAUAAAGAACAGGUAGAUUUUGUUCAUAAACCAAAUCAACAUUUGAUUAUUGAAUCGAGGUACAAUUUGACCGUUGGAUUAUUCAUUUUAUGAAUGGAUUAUUGAAUCAACAAACGAAAUCAUUUUUCCAUUAAUGAAUUCAUUAGCUUGUUAGCGACGGGAACGCUUGACCUGGUUUGACUGUAAAAUAAAAUUUGUAAUAAAUAAAUAUUAGAAUUUGGUAGCUUUGUAAAUAUUCUAUAAAAAUAAUUAUUUGUGGCCACAAAAAGAUGCACCUACGCUAUUGGUCACUUUUGCAGCCAAUGGCAAGUUAGUAUUUUCGAUCCUAGCCACCACUAUUUAAACAGCCUGCUUCGCUCUUUGUACCUAAGACUUUACCAUAGUAGCAACUGACGAGGAACGCUAUUUGCUCCGAAACUGCAGUCUUGCGUAAGAAUUCAUAGCAGUCGCAUAGACGACUGUUAAGCAAAAACUUAAGUAAAUACCUUCGAAGGAACAACAAGACAUCGCGCUCUAGUUCAAAGACUCACUUAUGUUAAGAAAAACUAAAUGGACUGUGUGAGCGCUAAGAGAAUUAUCUUGACUGAUGCACGGUAUAUUUCUCCAAACUUGGUGUAGCUUUAGUUUUAGCUACAGUGUACAACUCAAAUCUGAAGAUCGCACUAUCCGUGGAAAUUCAAAAUCCUGCAAACCACACUACAGAGCUGGGCCCAGAGUCAUACUCACAUAGCAGGAAAUAAUCACAUUCACGGACAAAGAAACUUGCAUGCAUGCAUAUAGUUAUUCAGGUACAGUCAUUUCGGAGAAAACCAAAAAAAACUAAAAGCUGUAAUAAACAGAGUUCAAAGGAUAUAAAACACUUUACAACUGCAUCUCAAAUCAAAUCCUAUCAGGGACACCUACAGAAGCAUAAACCAGAGGAAAUGAUUACUCAGUAUGCAUGUAACAAACCUGCUUCAUGACCUCUAAAUAUAAGACUUAGUGCGGCAAAAACAAGAUUUACUCAGUCAAAGUUUAGAAUGCUACACGUCUUGCACUGUGUAGUGCUAGUAAACUUCGCGCGAGAGAAAAAAAGAAAGAGAACCACUGUUCAAGCAGACUCUCAAGUCACGUUUCACAUUAUCACGAGCUUAUGAGUGUGUUUGGCUUAUCAACGCUUAUUUCUUGCUGUUUUGGUGAAUGGAGUGUGGCAUCAUUAUGAUGGGCUCUAGGAGAGGAAUUCCAGAGGGCAGGGACUGAAAAAAUGCACAGGGAAGCCGUCCACUCCAAGUGGCUUCCUCCUCUCUCACUGUGUGUACAUUUUCGAAAAGAUUUUGCAUUAAAGCAGGGCCUAACUAAUCGAUAGAAAUCGAUCAUCGAAAAUGUAAUCGAUUAAUCGAUAAUACUCGAUAGUACUCGAUAUUUGUCGAUUGAUUAGUCAAUUUAAUCGAUUGAAAUCGAUAAUCACAAUUUUUUGUCGCAUCUAUGGAAAUCGACAAUCAAAAACGUGAUCUGAUCUUAUCACAACACUGCGUAACACUUACCUUCAAGCUUACCUUCGAAUCCGCUUUGUUGAUAAAGAUGAUGUUACUUCUUUCGCCAAUGGUAGCUACUUUUCUUAUUUAUUUUUUUUACCAGGAUCACUGCUGUAAAUUUGUACUCUAGAAUCGUCAGAAUCGUGGUAAAUAGCCGGAGUCACUAAUGUAGAAAUUGGCAAACUGUCGUCCGUUCUCCGAGAAUUUAGAAGGGUAUUGUUCGAGCGCUUAUUGGGAGACACGCAUGGUGGCUUACGAAGCGCGGAGAAUCUUCGUCCAUUUUCUUUUCGAUCAUUGUCGAACAAAUCGAUAAAAUCGAUAGCUAAUAACAGAAAUCGAUCAAAAUCGAAAAUCACAAAGACGCGAGUGAUCGAUUUCUAUCGAUUUCCGAUAUUAAUCGAUUGAUUAGUAUCGAUUACGAUCGAUUACGUUCGAUUUCUAUCGAGUAUCGAAGAUAUCGAUUAGUUAGGGAAAGUUCAUUUAAUAUGACAAGGGGGGAUGAGGAUAUUGAGGGGGGCUCCGAAAAUUUUUAGACACCCGAAGGGGGGCUCUGAAAAAAAUUGUUGCGCUAGGAGGGGGGCUCCGAAAAUUUGUAUACUUCAAAACCAACACAUGACAUCAUCAUACAGAUCGGAUGGUUUUCAACUCAACAAUUUAAUGACCUGUGCAACUCAGCUAUAUCACGUGGUUUACAGAUAUAACAAAUGUAGUCUCAGUAAUUAUUACACUCUUGUUCAUCCCAAAAAUGCUUUAGAAAAUUGUAUCACAACUGUAUCUCAAGUUUGUCAUAGUAUAAACCAUUGAAGACAAUACCGGUAAAUAUAUUUAAUACAGUCUAGCGAUCUUUUUCAGGGGAGCAAAGGAAUUGAAGGAGGAGGGGGGCUCUGAAAUUUUUUCGACUGCCAAGGAGGGGCUCUAAAAAAUUGAACCGCUAGCUAGGGGGCUGCUAAAAUUUCAAGCUUCGAGUUUCAAUAUCUUCAUCCCCCCUUGUCAUAUUAAAUGAACUUUCCCUUAGGCCCUGAUUAAAGUGGCCUGUAUCCUUUGAUCUGUUGUGAGUGUAGAAUAAUUUAUAAAGCACAAAAACAUAGAUAAUGAAGUCAAGAUUUCACUGUUAAAAAAAAGCAAUAUUUGACAGAAAAAAAAAAAUUCGUGCAGAGGGGUUCACCUGAAAAAAAAAUUCCUGCACAAGUAGUGAGCGUCCCUUAGGAUCGAUGGGAUGAUAGCAAUGUCACUUAUCGUGUGGAAGACGUGCACCGCCAGCCGCGUACACCGCCGUCAAUCAGAUCCUUUCAAAGUACACACUAGUCACUUAGCAGUCAUACCCAUUUUUGUUUCGUGAUGUUCAGACAAACCGCAGAUCGAGUUGAAGAACACUUUUGGAAGAUCGUAACAAACAGUAAAAUCACGCGAAAGCCCUCAUCAACCUCAUCUAAAACGGGCGCAAUAAUUUGAGAUGAACAAUGGACAAAGGACGGCUUGUUUCUUAUCACAUGCUUUUGUCACAUCACCACAGCUCGCGAAGUCGUGAUUUCAGUCGCGCGUGACGUCUCAGAAAUAAUAUGCUAUGCAUGUGCGGAAUAAUUCUUGAGAGAAAGAUCAGGGGCACCCAACGACAAUUUUCGGAAGAAUAUCUGUUCGGAAGACGAUUUGAGAUCUAGAAUUUUCGAAACAUUUGUUGUAAAAUUUACUGCUUGCCUACCUCUCCUAGGAUUUUCGAACAUCCAAAAAAUGGUAUAUUUGCUUAUUUUUAACGGAUUUUUAACCCUAUGAAGGUCACCUAGAAUCUUCGGAAGCCUUUUUUCCAGCUGAAAUUUUCGAAAAGGUAAGUUUUGAUCCCUAUAAUUUUCGGAUCACUAGACUUUCAGCUAGGAAAUCCGAACAGAUGAAAAAAUUUUAGGGGAUAAAAAUAUGCCUAUAUCUACCGUUUCAAUACUAAAAUACGUUUAACAAUGCUAUGUUUAAGUGGUUUUGAACUAUAUUCUCGUUGGGUGCCCCUGAAAGAUAACCAUACGGCGGAGUUUGUUCAGAUCUGAGCAUUGUUUCUUUAUGCAACAUAAACGAGGUGAGAUCUUAGCUUGGAAAGUUUAUUUAUUAAUAUGUAAUUUAGGUAGACUACGAGUAGUCCCCCAUUUUUCCUCAGGGAUAGUAGAGCGAGCGAAACGCGAGCGCGCGUGAAAAUCACCCCACGCGAGAAAAGCGCGCCUUUUCUCGCGUGGGUUGAUUUUCACGCGCGCUCGCGUUUUGCUCGCUCUACUAUCCCUGAGGGACCUGAGGAAAAAUGGGGGACUACUCGUAGUCUAUAAUUUAGGGCUUACUUUAGAUAAACCUGUGUUGACCGCAUGCAUGCAUUAACACACAUCGUUUGAUGAAAUCGACAAGAGAGAUAUGAGCGGAACCAUUCCAAGCUUUUCCCUGCUACUCCUAGUGACUUGAGUUUGAUGAGGAGCAGAUGAUCAACGGUGUCAAACGCGUUGCGAAAGUCCAGGAACACUGUUCCUGUCACGCAUCCUUUGUCCGUACUUUCUAGGACUUGAUCUGUGAAGGCGAUUAAGGCAGUGGAAGUUGAACGCUUUAGGCGGAAGCCAAACUGUGAUUGUGAUAAUAAUCUGUUUUCUUCCAAAAAGGAACUUAACUGAAUAUGUGCUGAUCUCUCUAUGAUCUUGCUUAUAGUUGGUAAGAUUGAUAUCGGUCGGUAAUUAUCCUUUAAUGACUUAUCUCCAUCUUUAAAUAAUGCAGUUUCUUUUGCACACUUCCAGACCCCUGGAAAUACUCCAUCAGUGAAAGAUUUAUUGAUCAAACCAGUUAGAAUUGGGGCGAUGACGUCAGAAGCAUACUUCAACAAGCGAAACCGUAGUUCCGUCUUAGUUAGGUACAUGUAACACUGAAACAUGAUGUAACAUUAAUUUCUGACUGUGUAUUACUACAAAAGCAAACAUGUCAAAGAGAAAAUCCAGUUUGUAUGUGUUUUUCGCAAACCUGUGGAAGAAUUUGUAAGCUGUAAAGCACCCAAACAUUAGCACAAACCGGAAAUUGUAUAUUAGCCUCCGAGCAUGCUCAGUUGUGCAAGUUCUGAAAAAGUCACAAUCACAAUCAUGUUAAUUUAUUUUUGUAAACAAAUAACAUGCUAUAUUAUGAGUGUCGAUAAAUUUGACACACAAGCACUAACAGACCCUGCAUAUCGCUUUUUGUUGUUUUCUUUUCCAAUGCAGGUCAUGUGAUAACCUUUCUUAUUAUAUAAACACACCUAUGAAAUACCAGGUGAGCUUUCGCUCGAAAACUUGAUAUCUUCAAGUGUGAAAAUAUCACCGUUGCUAUGGCUACAUAAUAGAUCGCGCCUUUCAUACCAAAAACCUAUUAAAGUGAAAUGGUUUGGUAGUUCAUUGGUGUUUAUAUAAUAAAUAGAACUUUUACAUAGCCGCUUGGGGAUACAAAAUUUCUCUUCUCGUGUUGAAAAAAUAUUUCACUCGUUCGCUGCGCUCACUCGUGAAAUAUUUUCAACACUCGAAGAGAAAUUUCGUAUCUCCGCGCGGCCAUAUCCUCUAUCUCUCCGCCCUCUUCGUCUAGCUUUUGCUAUUUGCGGGCGGAGAUGACAAAAUGAUGAGUAUGAAAAUAAAGUAUAGUGUGUGAAAUGAUUUUAAAGGAAUCUGUCCUUUUUCUUAUGCCUGCACGUGCACGAUAAUAACACAAACUAUGAACAGCAAACAUUUUUGUAGGGUAUUAUCAAAUGACCUAAAUUAGAAAAACAAAGCGUACAAACCAAAGAUGUGUAUUGAGGACGCUGGUUUACAACUCCUCCUAGAAAUUUAGAGCCUCAACAUUUCACAAAUACAGAACAGGAAAUAUAUUUCUGUGUCAUCAUUUCAGUACGUACUGAUUUGCGAUUGAGAUUUAAACAUUUCACGAGAAUCGAUUUGUAAUUGUCUGUGUAAUACUCUAUGGGGUGCAAUUUUUAUUUCAAAAUCUGAUCAUGAAUUUUCAUCUAACUUGUGGCGCUGCGUCGUUGUGCGAAGUUUUAUCAACAAAGUUUAGAAUUAAAAGUAAAUUUAUCACCGUGGAUAACCUGAGAUCAGGCUCUAUUUUCGUUUCGCUUUGAAAAUUACAUUCCUGCGGGCAAGGCGAAACGAAAAGAGAGCCUGAUACAAACCUUUAACGAAAUGUCUGCCGCCCACUUUUUUGAUUGAUUGACAUUUGCCGAAUCAGCCAAUCAGAAUUACUUCCUUUGCUUGUUUUUCUAGUAUGCAAAUUUUUUACGCGUGGGAAAAAUGCAGACUGUCUGACUUAAAAAAUAGCUUUUAUCUGUAAAUUUUUUCAGCUAAAAAUAAAACAGUCAGCGCAAUCACAUUUAACUUCUUGCGAGAUUAAGGGAGAUCUCGAAGAUUACUUCUGUUGGCGUAGAAGGUAAAAAGUUUUCGAAAAGACGGCGACACGAUGUUCUACUAGUUUUAUUAUUUUGGCUAGGCGCUCUGGAAUUUAAAAUACUGAAAUCUAAAUUUUUCCGUUGUCUUGAUAUUUUCCUCGGCAAUUUCCCCCGAUUUUCAGUACAUAAAUCUUUAAAAACAAAAGCAAACAGCCAACGAGCGAGGACACCAGUUUUCUUGGUUUACUUUUAACAAAAAGCGUAGUCAAACAACCAGUCUGUGAACACUGAAAAUUCCUUGAACAGCGAUGCGAUAUUUUUCGUCUAAUACUUCACAGUUGGCGAUUGCAAUUUCUUUCGCAGUGAGCCUCCGCUUGCGUACCCCGUUCAGAGAAGUCAUUCCCGGCUAAACUUUCAAAUGAAACCAGUUUUAAGAGGGACAGUAUUUUGAUUUGCACCCGUUAGUUGGUAAAUCAAAAUGCGCCUUGUUAGCGGUCAACAACUUGCACAGGGAUUCAACUCCGCGAUACACUCACUUUCCGUAAAUAAAGCAAAUCCUGAGAAGAUAUGAACAACCACAUGAAUUUUCUGAAUUUCCAUGGCACAUAUUAAGGAAUAUUUUCCUACCAUAAGGCCAUAAAACCAUAAAAAAGACACCAAAAUCGAUCUUUGUCUCCACCGACGACGGAUCAUUCACGAAAACAACCACGCGAGGAAUAAGCGCUUUCAACUUCCGGCGUUUCCGACAGCCAAUCAGAUCUUGUGGCAUUGUUCUAACAGCCAAUCAGCGUUACGGCCAAAAUCUGGCCGUAACGAGCACAAACUUGUAAUAGUUUGUAUCAGGCCCAAUUUCAGCGGUAGCCGUUAGAGAGAAUGUAUGAGAACCGCUCAAAUUGGGCCUGAUCUCAGGUUACAUCGUGGAUAGAAGUCUUUUAAAAGGCGCCGGUAAACGUACGUCAUCAACUUAGUUGAUGAAGCUAAAUUUUUAUUCACCAUCAGAUUUGAGAUUGGUCGGAGGAAGCUGGCCUGGAGAGGGCAGAGUGGAGAUCUAUUACAACUGUUCCUGGGGAACGGUGUGCGACGAUUUGUGGGAUAUAAAUGAUGCGCAGGUUGUCUGCCGUCAACUUGGGUAUCCUUCUGCUGUUAGUGCUCCGUUAUAUGCUCGUUUCGGUCGAGGGAGUGGCAGAAUUUGGCUGGACAAUGUUCAAUGUCAGGGAAAUGAAAAUUACAUUAGGCAUUGUCGCGGGUCCCGUCCAUGGGGUGUUCAUAACUGUGAUCACAGUGAAGAUGCAUCAGUGAUUUGCUCAAGUAAGUAUGAUAUCAUAAUUAAUAAAUGAACGGUUGAGCCUGCGGUAGAAUAGUUUUGUCCUGAACGUGUAUGCUACUUUUCAUAUCAAGACCAGUGAUAGCUGAUGCAUAUGGGUGGUAACAGCGAUUUUUAAAAUGCUUAGAUAAUCCUCUAAGGGACGGACCAUUAUUUUUCUGGAGUGAGGGGAUAAGGAAUUUUCUUCUGCAAGUAAUAUAUUUUUUCAUAUCUGCCCCUCUGCAAUAGUUUUUUCCCCAAAAUCCACCUUCUUGCGAAACAUUGUUUCUCUUUGGUGCUAAAAACUAUUAUAAACUUAUUAAUAAGCUAUUUUUCAAAAAACAAUCAAAAGUGCGCUAGCAACUUGUUUUGUCCUUAUAAGAUCCUAGUAAUUUAUAGUUUGUGCUUUCUUUAUUCGUCUUCUCUGUCAGCCACUGACGCAAAUACAGGGAGUAGGCAAAGGGAGUCGCAGGUUUUCCAAUUCUUUAAACUAAUUUAAGACUAGUGAGCAGCACUCUGCGAACUGUAGCUGUAAAACGUGUUUUCCCUGCUCCUUUCGUCUAACCAACGAAGACUUCUUCAGGGAGUUGAAAAAAUUUUAAAAACGUUUACAGAAAUUCAAGAAAAAAUAACACUUGUUGCGGGUCAGGAUUUCUCUGCUACAACAAAAAAGUUUCAGAUGUCAAAUAACAUGCAAUGAAUGUCAAGGUGUAGCUGUUUGAACCGUUUACCGUCAUUUUCUAAAAUUUUAUUACUUAUCAUGAUAGAGGAUUAUUUCACGAACACCACACAAUAUUUUUGUCAGAUACACAUACACAUGUACAGAGCUUUCUCAGCAAUUUCUCUUCAGAUUUUAUUGAUUGGCUUCUGAAAUAAUUAUGGGAAUAGCAGCGAUGAGUAUAGCCGAGUUUGAAGAAUUAUAUUAUUUUGUUUCAUAUAGUUUUGAGAAAACGCUGUGAAGUUUAAUAGGGCAAAAUGUUAACAAAUAAUGUUGAGAAUAAAUAGGCACAAAGAAUCAGCUAUUUUUUACUUUAUCAUUUAUUUCAAUGUUAUAAAAUGAAAACUUUGAAGUACCUAGCUCCAUAUUUUUGUGUCCUUGUGUCAAUUUGUUACUUUCAGUUAUUAUUUGAAUCAGUUUUGAAACUAAAAUUUUUGACGGCUUAUCUGACUUCCCUGCAAACAUUUUUCAUACACAUAUCGUGUUUGCAAACCCUUUAUUUUGUCUUUUCAGACCCUGCAAACAAUUUUUUCCAUAUUUCUCAUCCCCCCUCCAGAAAAAUAAUGGUCCGUCCCUAAGUACUGUGAGCCUCAACAAUUGAAUAGUUGAAUUUUAAGUUUUAAUAAGUAAACGUAAGUGCAGAACUGGCAGAUAUCAUGGCAGUACAAGAGAGAUUUGUUUUUCUUUAUCCGUAUGAUAAUAUAAUCAUUUAAUUUGGGUCUUUGAGUUGCAUCGACUGGUACCAAAAAUGAGCGAAAAUAAAAUGUCCAAAUAUGGAGAAUUUCACCUUUUAACAGAAUUUCAGAGAAUUCUACAGUAGAUCCAAUAAAGUGACUUAAGCAUUCCUGGUUCCCAUUUAAAAUAUACUACGUUUUGCUCUUGGUGUCUUUAUUUUCUCCAUUUCCAAAUUGUAUUCUAAAAUUAAAUACCGUUAUGAUAAGCUAAACUUUUGAUAUUUUUUGCCAUGUAUGGCUAAUUGCCGACAAGCUUUAAAAUUUAAAAAGAAUUUCUGAUAGAACCUGAUAGCACAGUAGUUUAUAUUGUGGCCUACAAGCGAGAGCAGAAAAAAAAACUCAAGAAAAAAUAGUAAGUGGCUGAAGGCAAAUCAGUUAACUAAUUUACAAGCACUAGCGAAGAGCCCCGGCUUGGGGAACUCUAUAUGAAAGUAUCGGGAAAGUUUGCCGUCUCGCUUAGGGGUAGAUGCUGUUGCAUUUGGUCUUGCUUGGGAUAUUCAUUCGAAAGCUAUGAACAUUUUUAUCCAUAAUGACAUCACUUAGGUUUGUGCUUAGUGUAAUCUACUAUGGGGGUCAAAUAAAUCACGAGCCACGUCCAUUUUGGGCUUCUUUUUGACGGGGGAUACCCGUCACUAUUUAUGGAAGUCCCCCGGUGGCGCUGAGGAGAUGAACUCAGGAAACAACUGAGAACAACCGCCCCAGCUGGUGGCAAGAGCGAUAGUGUUCGGGAAGACCGAGUUGCACUACAGUUCCCUAAAACAUUCGGCUAUGUGGCCUAGAGUGUUGAGAAAUAGAUAAUCCUACAGAUUUGUAUUUGUUUCUAUAGACAUUUCAAUUCCUGUACCCUCAGCAAGUUCAGUAUCUCCUACUCGAGGUAUUUGCGAGUUUAUGCAAUUUAACUUGUUUAAACUUACUUGAGGAACUAUAUAAUAUAUAUAGAAUGAUAUUUGUAACAAUUGACGUGAAAUGUUUUAGUAGAAGGUAAGGUAGGUUUCAGACUUUUAAACAGCCGACAGCUGAGAGAUAAUUGAAAAGCUUUUAAAAAACGGCUAACUCAUUUCUGACAAUUAUUUUGGAAAAUGAGGUAAAUGUUACUCGUAUGUCCAUAAACUAUAUAAACCUUUCUACUGAAACAUAUAUUAUUUCAAUUCUUUUAUUUUCAUUUUUCAGUGAUAAAUUAUAACACUUACAAUUUCGACAUUCCCAGCACGUUGCCUUUUGUUGUUUGUACUGGUUUGUUCAAUCAUUGCCACAUAUUCUUAGAUCUCAUAUCUAUCUAUCUUUCUUUUUCUCUUCAUUUGAUGAAUAAUAGCCUCUUCACCUUCGGCAACUUCCAUGUCCUCAGGUAAGUAAGCUUUUCACUUCAUAGUUAGCGUAUCGGUAUUAAGAUUUGAUAAACACAAACUGCGAUGUCAAAAUUGACGGGCUUCAAAAACUUUGUAAAAUCUCUUAAUUCAAUAGAAACCUUAUAAAAUAAUGUUUCGGUUUUUUUUAUAUAUUCAUCCUGCAUUAAACAUUAUUAAAAAGUGUUUCAGCAUGCAAUACAUGUAGAUAACUUCAGGCUAAUUCCAGAAAUAUUAGCAAACGAGACGUUUGAAACAAAUUUUUGUUGAUAAAGAAGUAAAAAAAAAACAACAACAAGGCGAUCUCUCUUUUUUUAAAAAUUACACGAAUUAAUAAUGAUCACGCUUACACGUACUUUAGCAAAUGAGGUGAUGUUUACAGCUGUAUUCUGUAGUCAGCUUAGAAUUUUUGAAAGACGAAAUUUCUUUCCUUCAAAUUGAACAGCACCCUCCCCCGUCCCCCCCACCACUAGGGAUUGACAUGGAGGCCCCUUUCCCACCCCAUGACAAGUUACCUCAGGGACUGAGCUUGACGAUGAGCCAACCAAGACAGCAACCCCCUAUGAAAAUUCUCACCGUAGUCCCCCAACCUGGUUAUCGCCAGGUUCCUGUGCGAAUAUUCUAAGCUAGAUAUAUAAUUAUAUAUGUGUGUGUACUUCCUAAUUUUUCUUACCUGUAAUAUUUCAGCAAUACCAAUAUGGCCAUCGACCUCCCGUCGUUCAACUUGGAGUAAGUAAGCGCAUAGUUAAAAAUUUACCAAAGAAAGAGAAAUCAGUGAGCUUAGAGAUUUACGCAAUGAAAUGUAAUUAGAUUAAAAGCAAAAAAAGAGUGAUAGGCUUAACUCUAUCCACAAAAUAAUGGCAGUUUCAACGUUAUAUGUUCAGUCCUUGUUUGCAUUUCGUACAGUGUAUCUGCCCAGGUUCUUUCAGUGUGAGAGAAGUUUCUAUCAGCCGGACACAAGAACCGUUAAUUUCGCGCAAUAAAAAUGGCUGUAUGUUUUAUUAGCGUUUCUUUUGUAAAGUUGUGUUACUAUUACUCUCCAUUAUCCCUUUUUUAAAAGAAAAGUGUUAUUUUAGUAGAUUAAAAAACCGGCCACAACUGCAGCUAACUGCCAAGGGCAAGGACUGAUCAUUUGUAUUAAUUACUUGUUAAGUUUGCCUCAAAAUAUGAAACUCGAUCAUCGAGAGAACUUGCCCUAGAAAAAAUAAAAACGAAAUAAAAAGGAUAACGUGUUGAUGGGAACGGCAGAGAAGGAGACAACAUGAGAAAGAACGGAUGCCGGGCCAUAUUAACAUUUACUUUUCUUACAUUUGCUAUAGAAACAAACUUGUAACCGAACAUGAAAAACGGACAAGAUUAUUUCUUACUAGCUCUUACUAAGCAAAAUUUAAAUCAGAUUCAGAAGCACACGUUACAAUAGCAUGUGCUAUCUCAACAAAUUGCAUUUAGAAUCUAAGAAUUUGUUCGCGCUUAGCGUGCAUAUAUCGAGUUAUGGAUGCACGCGGGAAGUUUGGAGAGCACGAAAGAGCUGCUCGAGGCGUAAGCGAGAGCAACUCUAGCUUCUUGAGUGCUCUCCAAACUUCCCAAGUGUAUCCAUCAGUGCCGGAUCCAGACCUUGAGAUAAUGGGGUAAGGGGUUGCGGACAUCCAGACCCUUAGAAAAGGAGGGGGCGGUUUUGAAACCAAAUUUUAAUUCAGUUCUACUUUCUCGUAUUUUUUCAGCAAUGCAUCCUCCUCGACCUUCAACAACGAGUAAGUAAGCUUCACAAAUUAUCAAUCAAGCAAAAAGGAAGAUAAUGCUGAAGCUUACGGUAGAUUUAAGGGUUGGGGCUCGCGUAAAGGACCUUAAUAUCAUAGGUGACGAAUUUAACUCCUUAAUUCUGGUGCGAAAUUUCAGCGUUAAUUUGUAAUUUCAAAUGUGAAAUUACAAAACUGCCAUGGCAACCUUCCGUACGUCUCAGUGUUAAGAUGGCGCAGUCUCGUGUAUUAAAUUUAUAGGUAAAGUUCGGCCAGGUAACCCGUUAUACCCACUGAUACACAACAGAGUGGCACCUAUAUGUACCAGUAUGUGUCUAAGAUCAGGGUCCUGGCAGGCCCAUGGCCACAAGGACUGAACGUUUCUCAAACUUUGUGACUGUUAAAUAUCAAUAUUGUCAAUAAAUGUAGCGUAUUAGUAUAUAUAUAUAUAUCACAGCUUGUAAGGUAUCCUACACUCAGUCUUCCGACUGCAAAAGGGACAAUAAACCAGUGAUUUGAUUUGAAGUUUUAAAAUGCCGUGUAUGAAGAUGUCAGGGCACAAAAAGACGCUUUAGAAAACCUGAACACACGAAAAAGCACAUCAAGAAGGAUUCUAACAGAUAUUUUGUCAAAAAAUUUUGAAAAUUCUAACUUACGCCAAAUUUAAGGUCUAAACAUUUGAGAGAAUGGAGUUCUCGAUCGAUACGAUCCAGGAUAAACAUGUCAAAAAUUCACGAUUGCUAACGUAAUUCGUGACCGAUGAUAUUAAUAGGACUGGUAUGAAUCAAAUUAUAUACUCGUGAAAUUAGGGAAAUUAUUCCCUAAUUUCACUCGUCACAAUUUGAUUACACAUACUUAGCCGUAGUCAGGCCCGAAAGCCCUGCAAAUAAAAUUCUGUGCUAAUAAGACUGACGUUUGUGAUUAUUACAAUAGGUUGAUUGUUUUGAAACCAAAUUUUAAUUCAGUUUUACUUUCUCGUAUUUUUUUAGCAAUGCAUCCUCCUCGGCCUUCAACAACGAGUAAGUAAGCUUACACAAAUCAUCAAUUUUAAAGAGAGUACUGAUUUCAUAUUAUCUCCCUUAGGGAUUUUUAGCCGAAAAGUGGGGGCGAAGGCAGCAAAAAUGUCGCCGAUGUAAAGGACCAUCUGUUCCUUAGGCUAAGAAUGUUACGUUAAUGAUUAGCUGUGUCGUCGCUGCGAUUUAACUACUUAUAACCUAAGAGAGAAUGAAUACAUGCUCGCUAUUACACAAACCUGCACUGAAUUUUAUAAAAGAGCCUUUGUAAUAUAUAGCGGAAGUGUGUUGUAGAACAGCUUGCCUAUGGAGGUUCGGUAAUUGACAUCCCUUAAUGUUUUAACCAAAAAUUAAAAUACCUGAUUUCGAUUGUGAAAUUGCUUAAAUUAGUGAUACGCAAUUUUUACACACGUCCUCCAUGUAAAGCAGGUUUUUUGUUAUCAUCUUUAUUUCUUUAGGUUUUAUCUUAGGUUUUAGUUUAGUUAGGUAGUUAGUUUUCUAUACUCAAAAGAAAAUGUACCUGAAGGAAAUACCGUGUAUAAAUAAAGUUGCCUUACCUCAGUACCCCGAGGAUUCUGACGUCGGCUGACAUCAUAGAUCUGCCAUUUUGAAUUUUGAUCCCACAGAUACCCAAGAAUAUUUUUAGAUAUAAAUAGUGCUUUUAGUCUCCGAUUCGUGACUUUUUCCUUUUUAUUACUCUGACUCUUACUCGUAGGACCCAGGUUUGCCUUUACUAUUUCAUGCUUCCCCUCUUACAUGGUGGCUCACAUAGCACGUGACAGUUUGCCUUCGGGAGUUGAUGCCAGUCUCCUUCAUCUUAACGAUCCCAGCUGUGGUGUGAAUUAUGUGACCAAGAAGAGUGUUGUUAUAAAGGCUCCACUGAAAGGCUGCGGAACAGUUCGGAGGUAAGAGUGAACUCUGAAUAUACGGAUAAUGAAUUUAAAAGAAUGACCUGAUAAUUCGUGAGCAGCAAGUCGUCGCGUCAUUUCAGCGUCGUUUAAUGUAUCAAGUAUCAAAAUCAAGAAUAUUUUGUUAGAUAUAUUUUGGACCUCUUAAAUGCUUCAAAAGUCCUGUCAGGAGCCUCCUAGGCCAGGUUAACCCUAUUAAGCCUAGUCUGUUUUUACCAGUCUUUUGUGGUACGGACGGGCCAGCCUAUUCUUGACUGUAAAGUCUUAACCAGUUAUGCCUUGUUAGCCUGGUCUUUCAAUGCUUCUUUGGUAGACCUCACGUAUCUCACUCAAGGCCUGAUUCGUAUAUAAAAGCUUGGUUUCCCCGAAUCGAAGUUGUUGGUGAGCCUGGGGUCUAUUUAUUACAGCUUGAUUUUAGAUGGGUAAUUUAUACGUGAAAUUGUUAUUUCAGUCUUUAUACUACCACAUGAGAAAUUUCUGCAAUUUGUUUGGCUUAGAGCAGUGGUAUUUCAGCUUAAUUUGAAAUACCUGCAUGUGACAAUUACAAACCUUUUGCGGGUAGUAGUAUAAACAAAUAAUGGCAUGAUUUGUAGUGAUAUUAGGCAUAAAUACAACUCGUGAUAUUUCUAAAUUGUCUCAAAUUUCACACGCCUAACGGCUCGUGAAAUUACGUACAACAAUUUUGAAAUAUUACUCGUGGUAUUUAUGCCAAAUAUCACUACAAAUCAUGCUAUUAUCUAUACAUAUCCAGUAACCACACUUGAAAAUUACAGUUAACAUUUUGUCGAAAUGACUCCUAGUUGAAAGUAUCAUCUGAAAAAAGUUGGUAAGCCUGGUUGGUGAAGCUAAAAAUGACUGAUGAUACGAUAGGUGGACAUCAGGUAGUUCAAAAACCUGGAAAACAAGUACAAAAGAACGCUGAAGUUUUCGCUUUUCAGAAAUCAAAGUUUAUAUUUUUCUAAACGUUUACUUGCUUUCAUUGGUACUAUGGGCAGGUGACAAAAUGGCGGUUUUUCUCUAGUAAAAAUAAGUCCAGUUGAGAGAGGAAUACAAUUGUUGUUGUUGCUUUUUUUUUUCUUUUCAACUCGGAUUCCUGUUGAUAACGAUGGAGCUCUGAAUUUUUCUUUUCCAUGUUUUACCAGGUACAUUGGGUACAAAAUGUUCUUCCAUAACAAGGUGGUGGUACCCUCUGGAUAUGGUGAAAAGAGGUCAUUGUCCGUGUUUCCGUUCAAGUGCGUUUACAGCCGAUUUGGCUUUCCGUAAGGAACUGUUUUAAGCUACUCCAUAAUCAUAACUAAGGUAAGAAAUGGUGAAUACACUGUAAUUUAGCAAUUAUUAAACAUGUUCGAACCGCAUGGUUCUUCUUCUGUGCUGGUUUUUCUCCUUGAUGAAGAGCAACUAAUUCAUAGAGAACAAACAAGUUAACAAAAGAUAAUCCAUUUAGUUACCAUAACUUUUAAUUUCUUCAAGGAUUGUUACCUCAAAAGCUUCUACGAAGCUACAGAAAUUUUAUCACCCUCUUAGAAAACAGCUUCGAAUUUUUAUUGGUGAUAAACAUAAGCGAACGACGCAUUGGUAAAUCAAAAUGGCCGCCGUUUCACUGUUUUGGACGUCAGUCUUAGACACAGGAAAACAAAAGCGAAAUAAGAGCUAAAACUGCGCAAAACCGAGGGAAAUCUAAAACGCUGAAACAUCUUUUAUCCUUGAUUUCGGGGGAAGGGCCCGGGGGCAAGGGGCGCUGCCACUAGCCCUUGUGGUCGGUCGGAUAUCUUAUUCAAAGUCCUUUCUUGCGAUGAUAGAGUUUCGUAAUCUUCGAUUCUUUGCGGUUAUAGUAUUAAGCCCUCUCCUGAUUUAUUAUCAAAAUGAUUUUAAUUCAGUGAUGAAAAUGUCCUUCACGGCAUACGUUAUACACAAUCCUCGAUAAUUUUCAAAUCUGUUUUCCUUUUUUUUUUCGUAGGUAUUUUGACGGUAUGGUAACCAUCAGCAGUUAAUGAAAGAAAUUUAAGAGGCAAAU